AUGCCCCAAAACCAACCUAUGCUCCACCCAGUGCAAUCCCGCGAUACCCUUUUUUUUUGUGCCGGCUCUAGCUCCGCCUCCACCCCCAGUGCCGGCUCUAGCUCCGCCUCCACCCCCAGUGCCGGCUCUACCUCCGCCUCUACCCCCAGUGCCGGCUCUACUCCGCCUCCACCCCCAGUGCCGGCUCUACCUCCGCCUCCACCCCCAGUGCCGGCUCUACCUCCGCCUCCACCUACAAGGCCGGCUCUAGCUCCGCCUCCACCCACAGUGCCAGCUCUAGCUCCGCCUCGACCCCCAGUGCCGGCUGUAGCUCCGCCUCCACCCACAAGGCCGGCUCUAGCUCCACCUCCGGUCUACAAAAAGUCUCCAAGCUAUUUUCCUCCACCUCCAUAUGUCCCAAAACCAACCUACAGUACUCCACCUACCAAGCCAUACGUCCCAGAGAUCCUUAAAGCCGUUGAUGGCAUCAUCCUUUGCAAAAACGGCUACGAAACCUACCCAAUUCUAAGAGCAAAGAUAAAGAUCGAGUGCACUGAGCCAGCAUCAUACGGAAAGAGCCAGAAGGUAGUUGUGAUCUACAGCAAUCCAACUGACUAUAGAGGAUACUUCCUCGUGUCGUUGACCAACAUCAAGGACAUAUCUCUGUGCCGAGUCAAGCUCUACACAUCUUCACUCGAGACUUGCAAGAACCCGACCAAUGUCAACAAGGGUCUCAUCGGAGUUCCCUUGUCGUUGUACGGAUACCGUUACCACUCCGACAAGCACUUGAACGUCUUUAGCGUCGGACCUUUCUACUUCACCGGUCCAAAGGCUGUUCCCACCCCUUCCAAAUACUAA